UUGACGUUUUGAAUUGUCAAACGUGAAAGUAGACACAGCCGACCAGCAGUUGCAUUUCAUUUAUUUUCUAAAUUUACGGCCAACGAUAGACGGUGUGUGUGUUUUUUUAAUAAUUUAUAAAAGAAAAAAUAAUAAAUAAAUAAAAAUGCGUCAAUUUGUUAAUGUUUUGUUGGUGUGCUUGUUUGCUGCCUCUGCUUAUGCCAGCAGUUGCACUAGUCCCAAAGCCACCGUAACCUCCUUCAGCACACAAGACGCCACCAUUCUAACACAAUUGGCCCACAUUGGUGAAUUCACCUUGAAGUGUGGCAAUGGUGCUAAACCCACUUUGUUUGCCGAAUUCCCCUGUGGCAAAGUAGUACCCGUGGCUCAGGUUGGCGAAGAGAAAUAUCAAGUCAGCUGGACUCAAGAAAUCAAGAAGUCUUCUAGUGGCAAUGUUGUUGUACGUCUUUUCGAUGAAGAUGGUUACUCUAACUUGCGUAAGGUACAACGUGAUGGCGGUAAAGUAUCUAGCGUCAAGUCUUUGGUUGACAUUACCAUCAACACCAAGAGCGCCUACAAGGGUCCCUGGGUUAAGGCUGAAUUAGUGGCUGCCUUGUUGGUCGGUGCUAUUGCUUACUUCGCUGUCACCACCAAGAGCAAAGUUCAGGCUUAAAUUACUCUAACGAGAGCUUUUUGGUCUAAGUUCUUUGUUUAUUUUUUGAAUGAAAUUCAUUCACCUUAAAAAAAAACAUUCAUUUUAAAAACUAUUUACCUCUGUUCUAACGCAAAGUGUUAAGAUUCCUGUCAUGUCAUCAUCGUCAUCAUUAAACGCUUGAACGAAGAGGUGUUAUUAUUUUCUUUUUUUUAACUAAAUGUAAGAUUUUGAUUAAUUAGUUUUAUAAUUUAGAUAAUUUAGUCUAAAUUACAAACGAAACUGCAUAUAAAACAUGAUGAAAACUAAUUUUUUAGAGUAAAACAAAAAA